AUGGACGACGUUGAUGAGAGAGAUGCGAGGGCGGGAAGUUUUUCUCGCUAUAAUUAUCAAAAUGAUACGCCUCAAGGAUCAAGAGAUGUCGAUGUUGUCGCCAAUCUAAUAAGCGAUUACGAAUAUGCUACUGAUAUGGGCGAUCGUGAAAAAUUAGAUUUGCUCAGAAAAGUAGAAGCUGCUUUGAAGAAAAACCCUGAAAACUGUACUAAAGCGCCAAAGUUUAUUUCUCAACUUCUAACACAUCCAAAUGUUUCAAUUCGAAAAUCAGCUUUCAAUUGUGCGCUGACAAUACUCUCAAAUCCGAAAAACCCAAAAACCAUUAUUUUGAACGCAUAUCGUCUUGCAUUCUGCUGUUCAAACAAGCAAGUUGCUCAGCACGCUUUAUGUCUGCUUCCUGAAUUUGUUACCGUCUGUCCAGAAGAAUCUGCGAAUCUCAUCAAAUUCGGGACCGUGGCUCUUCGAAAACUUCCAGCGCCUUCGACUGACACCGAACAGAUGACAGUGAGUUUUAGAGAACGGCGAGUUCCGCGUCUUCAUAAUGGACAAGAAGCAAUCAACCAUUUUGAAAAAUAUCGCCGAAUUCGAACGACGGAUAUGAAAGUUCAACAAUGUCAAACAAUAUCUUUCAAUUGCGAUGGGACCCGAUUGAUUUGUGGAGCCAAUGACCGUAAAGUGAGCGUCGCGAAUGUCGACGGCGGCCGCUUAAAAUUUUCUUGGAUUGGAUCAAGUCAUCAAUCAUCAGUAGAACAAGUAGCCUGCAGCAUGGUAUCUCCUCAUAUGUUCGCGUCGGCGAGUUCCGACAAAAGCGUCUGCGUUUGGGAUAUUCGACAAAGCAAACCAAGCCACCGGAUAUCGAACAAAUCUGGAAAUGUGUACAUUGCGUGGUCGCCGUGUGACAAUUAUUUCGUUUUUGGCGACAAAGACAGUUUCAUCAAUGUCGUCGAUUCGAGAAAUUAUCAAGUUGUCAACAAUUACGACAUCAAACAGUUUUCGCAUGAAUGUGUGUUCCAUCCGAAGUCGAAUCACCUCUUAGUGGCUUCCUCUUAUGGAAAAGUGGAAAUUUUCAAUUUUUCGUCGGGUUCUCUUGACCACGUAUCCACUAUUCAAGCACAUUCCCCACAAGUCGACUGUUUAGCGAUCGCUGUAACCAGAGAUGGCCAAAAACUAGCUGUCGGCGCUUCUGAUGCGUCAUGCUCAUUAUGGAAUUUGGAUGAAUUGAUUUGCGAGCGAGUGAUCCCUCGACAUGACUACAAUAUAAGGAGUGUUUCGUUCUCUUGCAACGGCCAAAUUCUGGCAUCUGGAAGUGAGGACCAUUCAAUCGAUCUCGUUUACGUUCCUGAUGGAUCCCGGUGCCACGAAAUCAAGAAUACUGGAGAGACAUUCUCUGUCACCUGGCAUCCAUCGCAGCUUCUGCUCGCCUAUGCCUCAGCUGAUGCUCACAAUAAGCGAGACUCAUCAUGUGUGAAAACUUUUGGGCAUUCAACUUGA